AUCUUCAGGAAACUUUAUCGAAAGAGAGAUGAGUGAAAUUUCAAAAACAAAAACAGGCUUUGUUGUUGCUCGAACUGGGUUUGAGAUUUCAAAUAUUGAAUGUUACAGUAACGAGCUUGACUAUUUCCUCGUCCCAGUAUUUUUCCAAAGCAAACUCCUGAAACUAGAGAACAUGCACUUCAACGUAACAGGAACUUCAAUCCAAAUCUAUGACCCAAUAAAUAUUCAUUUUGACAAUAUUGAGGUUGAUAUCUCAAGAAAAGGAAGAUUCUUCAGAGCUACUGACAUAAUCUGUAAUUAUCCUGAAGCUGAUAUUCUCGGCUCCGUUUAUGUAAAUAAUAUCAGAUCAGAGAUUUCUAUAGCUCAAGAUCAAUAUAGUUACAGUUUGAUAUCUGCAUUUUUCCCUGCAAAUCUGACAUACAGCAAUAUCAAUUGAAGUCAGCACUUUGUAGAUAAUAAUCUCGAAGGCUGAUUUGAUGUUCCAUAUAGUUCUUUGUGAAAUCCUAUUGAUGAUGCAAUUCAAACACAUAUUUUAGACAACAUUAAUGAUGACGGAACAACCCAGAACCUGGGAGCAGGAAUCGUAAUUAUUACUCCUGGAAUAGCACAUUCACCUUAUCACCGACAAAUCAAAAAUAAUGUAACAAAUUUUACAUUUAUGAAUAUCAAACAGAUCUCAAAUUAUGGAAUUCUAUACUUUUGGGGAUCUGGAAGUGAGAUCACUACUCUUUCAAACUUUAAGUUUCAUAACUGCUCAAACUCCAAGUUUUUCAUUCAAAUAUUAAACCAUAAAUCCUUAGAAUUGAAAAAUUUCACAAUUGAAGAGACCAAAGAGCAUCCUGGAGGAAUUUUGGAUAUCAAUAUACCAGGAGACUUGAAGGUAGUGAAUUUUUAUAUCAUAAAUUUCACAAACGGACAAAGUUCUAAAACCCCAAUAAAUUCCCUGAGUACUCUUUCUUCUUCAACUUUCACUUUUGAAGGCAUAGUGGUAAAAGAUUCAGCAAUAGAAAAUGCUCCUUUAAUCAAAGUUCUGACUUCUUUCAAUAAAGUACUGGUCUCCUCUCUUUGGCUUGAAAACAUGUUGGUUCCGACAGAUGGAUCAGUCCUGACUUUUGAUAUUUGAAAUACAUUGUCAAUAUCCAAUGUCACACUUAUGAAUGUGAGCCCUUUAUCCGAUGAAGACCUAACUGCUAGUUUGGUGCAUAUUCCAAUCUUAAAUUAUGAAGUAAAUGGUGAAAUAGACAUCCACGAUACUUCGAUCAAUAAUUCUGUAAUCUCAUUGAUUAAGACUGAUUCUGUUCCCUUCUCAGAAACAGAGAAAAAGAUUACUUAUCAAAACAUAUCUUACAUGAACUCUGUUAUUCCUAGUGAUAGAGAGAUUAUCACUACCUAUGGGUUCUUUAGUGGUGCUAAUCUGAAGCUCACCCUUGAUCAACUACAUUUUGGGAAUAUCAGCUGCCCAAAACAAGCAUCUUUACUUGGCUUCCAGCACAAACUUUCCGAUGUAGUUGAAGUUACUAAUUCGAUUUUUAUGAACAUAAGAGAUUGUAUGAUCAAUAUAGGAAGUAGGUUUCCUUCUGAGUUGCCAACUUAUGUCAGAAUUUCAAACUCAGUGUUUGAGGAUAUUAUCUUGCCUUCCUUUUCUUUUAUUACAGUCCAUGUCGGAGGAAUAUUUGAGAUCGAAAAAUGCUUUUUCUCUAGGAUUACUUCAUUUAACAUUCUCUCUGGACCAAUUGAUGCUUCAGAUGGAGGUACGAUCAAAAUAACUGAUUCUACUUUUCAAAAUAAUUCAGCAAUUAGAAAUUCUAUUUUUGUAACGGAAUCUCUGGGUUACAUUAAAUGAAUCAAUUGCACUAUUUUUUAUAACUUUGCUCUUAAAAAUGCAGUCUUUGAAGCCCUAACAAGUGGGAUAAUUAAGUUUGAAAACAGCAAUAUUUACCAAAAUUAUGCGAUAGAAACUCCAGUCGGGACAGUUUUUCAUGGAGUCGAAGCUUCAGUUAUAAAUAACACUCUGAUUCACUCCAAUAGUCUAAUUUUGAAAAACGAUAUAGAACAUGAAAUAUCGUUGGAUUGAGUCAAGUUAUGCUUUUUAGAUAAUGAAAUGAAAGAGUAUCUUGCAAAUCUUGACCUCAGUUCGAUAUCUGAAUCGGGAACUUGGAUACAAUUAAUACAAGGAGAACUCAAUAUAAUUAAUAAUAGCAGUAUUCAUUAUGGAAAUUCACAGAUAUUGAGCUGUUUCACUUCCACAUUAUUGAUCCAAAAUUCUACAAUAUCAGAUAUAAAUUUUAGUGAACCUGCUAUUGAAGCUGUAUCAACUCUUCUACAGAUAAGUAAUGUAACUAUUCAGAGAGGAAUAUUAUUAGGCACAAAUAAUAGUCAAAGCUUUAUCCAAAUAACUUCAAGCACAUUGCAGAUAUCUACUUUGAAGUUUUAUGAAUCAAACUCUCAAUUAGUGGAACUAAUUCUCUCAAGAGGAAUUUUAAGCCAACUAGAAUUUGAAAAUGUUACAAAUUCCGAAUUUAUCCGUGCUCUUCACUGUGGUUCCUUUACUUUAAGCAAUAUCUCAGUUCAGAAUGUUUCUUUCACUAGUGAAUCAUUAGUAAACAUACAGAACUCUCAAGAUGUAAAUCUCCAAGAUAUAAAGUUAAUUGGUCUUCAAACAAGGAUAAGCUUAAUCAUAAAAUCUCAAGUUUCAAGUAUAAAAAAUAUUAAAAGUCUUGGUGGCAGUCAAGUUUUGAAGUUUGUAAAGACAAAUGUCACAGAAAUUAUUGAUUCUCAGUUCUCUAAUAAUACUCAACAAGAAGCUCAGAAAGGAGGAGCGAUAGAGACGGUAGAUAGUUGAGUUUCCAUUCGAGAUACAUAUUUUAAUAACAAUUCUGCUUCCUCUGGAGGAGCUAUCUAUUUUGGGUGAACAAACUUAGAAAACUGUGAAUUAAUUAUCCAUAAUUGAACAUUCAGUAAUAAUUCAGCAACAGAGAAAGGAGGAGCUAUUUAUUAUAACUACAACCAUCCAAAAAUGACUCAAAAUAGCUUUUUAAGGAAUUCAGCUCCUUAUGGGCCAGACCUCGCUAGUUAUCCAUCCAGGAUUGGGCUUAUUAAUAGCCAACCUUCUGACAAUAUUUCAAUAUCUAAUGUGGCUUCUGGAAUAGUCAUUGAUGAAACAUUAGAAUUGGCAUUAUUUGAUAUUGAUAACCAAAUAAUGAAUAUGGAUAAUUCUAGUAAAGUCACGAUUAUAGCCAAGAAUAGUGACAUAUCUUCAACAAAAGGAACCAAUGUAGUUUCUGUAUUUAAAGGGAUUGCUAAUUUUACCAAUAUUGCUGCAGUAGUUGACCUAAACUACAGAGUCGCUAACUUUAGUGUCAACUCCCAGACUAUCGAUAAGCAUAAAGUAUUAGAAGUUCUUGGGCCUGAUGGUGCACAGAAAGAUCUGGUAAUCAAUUUUAGAGAUUGUCAACCUGGAGAACGAAUUCUUGGGAACCAAUGUGAUGUUUGAGCUGCUGGCACUUACUCUCUUACCUGGAACUCCACAGAAUGCAAAGAAUGAGAUUUAAAUGUGGAUUGACUGGGAGGACAGCAACUCUCUCUAAGACCUGGGUACUGGAGACAAUUCAGAAACUCAACUACAAUUGCUGAGUGAAUUAACAAAGAAGCCUGAGAGGGAGGAUACAGCACAGAUGGUUUAACCCCUUCCAAAUGAGCAGAUGGGUAUAGUGGAGUCUUAUGAGCCCAAUGAGUAGCGAACUCUGAAGCUAAGUAUGAAAGAAUAAAUGAUUUUGAAUGACAAAAGUGACCAAACGUUGUGUGGAAUGCAGUGAGAGUAAUAGGUACUAUAGUAAUAAUCUUCUCGUUCUUUGCACUUGUUAUUUUUAUAAAUGUUAGAAAGAAAAAUGAAAGUGCACUUUCUGUGUUGUUGAGAAUUUUAACUAACUAUGUUCAACUGUUGACAGUAUCAAUAUCUAUGACUAAUGAAUACCCAUCAGCAAUAGCUUUACUAUCAAUCCCAGUAAAGAUGUUAGGAGGGUCGACUGAUGCCUUUCUGUCAUUUGACUGAUUCAUAGAAGAUGCUGAGAUGAAGCUUGUAUUCGAUUCUAACGCUAUUUUCAAACUAUUUAUUCUAAUGUUCCUUCCUUGUAUUCUAUUUGCUCUAAUGACACUAAUAUGGUUACUGGCAUAUUUAAUCAAAAGAAAGUGGGUUAAAGAUUUUAAAAGAAACCUCGCAAUUUCAUUCAUCACAAUUGUUUUUAUUCUUCACCCGAAAUUAACCGAAAGAAGUAUAAGUAUUUUUCAAUGAGUAGAAGUAGAUGAUGGCUUUAGUGUUGCAAAAAUAGACACAAACAUUGAGUGCUUCUCCUCAACCCAUUUGAAAUGGUGUUUCUUGGUGGCUGUUCCAAUUCUCAUAGUUUGGGUAAUCUUAUGUCCAUUACUGGCUCUUUUUGCUAUCUUCUAUGGAAAGAAAAAUUCAGGAAGUAGCAAAGUUCAUAAAUACUUAUUAAUGAUGUAUCAGGGACUAAAGCCAGAAGCAAUAUACUGGGAGUUUGUCAAUACUCUCAGGAAAGUUGCAAUUUUAGUGUCACUAUUAUUUCCGAAAACAAUUUCUAUCUGCAUCUCCCUUGCAAUUCUUAUAGCCACAGCAAGAAUUGAAAUAUGCUUGAAGCCUUAUAAAGAUGCAGAAAAUUGUAAAAUUGAGUUCUUGGCAAUCAUGGCAGGAGUCUGCACUAUUAUGUCCGCUUUAAUUUACUCCCAAAAUGAAAAACACAGUGUGCUGGAUGCGAUUGUGCUUUUGAUAGUAAUAAUAACAAAUUUUAAAUUCUUGAUAGAAUGGGUGUAUCUUCUCCUCAUAAUCUAUAAAGACAAGCAUCCAGUUAUUGAAUGAAUUUUCGAUGUUAUGACGAAAUUGCUGUGUAAAAGAAAGAAACUAUCUGUUGAACAAAAAGAUUUAGAAAAAGAAUCAAAGAAAAACUUCACAAGUCAGAAAGUGCUUGAUAAGACUUUGAGAUCUAAGGAAAAUUCUGAAACAAUGCUCCAGAAAAAUCAAUAUGAGGCUCCAAAGAGGCUCUUAAAACACCCAAGGAGGAUAAAGAGGAAGAAAAUACCAAAGAAGAAAUCAAAGAAAAAAUCAAAGAAGAAAUCAAAUAAGAAAUCAAAAACACUACAGUUUAACCAUUCCAAUGAAUUAAAAAAUUUACCCCACCUCCCCCAAAAACCUGCCCACCCACAGCUCUCGGUCCGCCCACAGAUUCCUUCCCCCAAUCUCCUCCCGCCCUUACACUGACCUAAACCUGCCCAACCUGCCUUCCCCAUAACUCUAUUCCCAAUAUCCCAAUAUCCCAAUAUUCCAGUAUAA